UAGCGUGAGAUUAACGCUGCGUGGCCUUAUGGUACAAUUUCCACCUAUUCUCAUAAGCUUGGUGUAUUCAAAGUCUUUGCUUCGGCAGCAGAGCUCAUUGUGUAAAAAAAGACGCCCAAACACUGGUUGGCGCUAGAGCCCUUUCUUUCAGCCCCACCAACUAAAGAACAAGUUGGGUGAUUUGGUCUCGUAGCAACCUGAGACUCAGCAGAGAUGAGAGAGACUGAGGUCGUCUGAGGUCCUCUGCGCUCUGAGGCGAAAUGGAGUCUACAACACUCCUGAACGGUAAAUUUAGUUUCAAAGUUUUGAAUAAUGGAUCGCUUGACAAGACCAAAGUCAUCUGUCGCGACUGUCAGAGUGAAUUUAGUUACCAUCGUAGCACCUCGACUUUAAAGUACCACCUAAUGGCUAAACAUCCAGCGGGAGAUUCAUCUCAGCCUCCUCAACGACAACAAACCCUGGAUGCAUUUAGAUCAAGGCAGAUGGACAACGCGACAAAGAACCAACUGACUGCAGCUAUUGCUAAAUGGCUGGCUACUUCGUGUAGGCCCAUCAGUCUUGUCGAAGACGAGGGACUGACCGAGAUCAUUCGUAUCGCCUCAAAAGACAGCUUAUACGAAGCUCCUUCCCGCGCAACCAUUAUGGACCGCAUUGAUACGUUAUACUCGACGGAGAGGGCAGCGGUGAAGGAUAAGCUGGAGCAAGCAGAAGCGGUCUCGCUGACAGGGGAUUACUGGACAUCUGUCAGUAAUGACAAUUACCUGGGUGUCACUGCCCAUUACUUCACCCGUCAGUGGGAGCUUCAGUCCCACGCUCUGACUGUGAUGAAGACCGAAGAGAGGCACUUCGCGGAUAAUGUUGUGGAUCACUUUAUGACAGUAGCCAGAGAGUGGGGAAUCGAAGAAAAAGUUGCGUCCCUGACUACGGACAGUGCGCGUAAUAUGGUAGCGGCCGCCAGGCAACUGCCGUUUGAACACGUACCCUGCGUAGCACACAGCGUGCAUCGGGCUGUCACUGUGUCCCUUCAUAACAGCCCGUUCGACUCAGCACUGGCGAAAUGCCGAAAACUCGUCGGCCACUUCAAGCAUAGCCCGGCAAAUGCCUCCGAGCUUAAACAACAACAGGCUGCUCACCAUCAAAAGCAAGAAGCUCUAACACAGGAGGUGCCAACCCGGUGGAACAGCACUCUGGAGAUGGUUAAGAGAGUCCACCGGAAUAUCAAACCGCUGAGGGAUGCGCUGGCACUUCAUCCCACGAGAAUACCCAUGCCAACUGCUGCUGAGCUAGAGAAAACGAAGAAGCUGGAAACUGCGUUGGAGCAUUGCAGGUAUGUUUCCGAUCUUCUGGGAGGAGAGAUGUAUGUGUCUUGCUCCGUGGUCCUGCCAGCAUUAUGUCACCUCUCCAGAGUGAUGGAUGCCACUGAAGAUGAUCCAGCAUAUAUGGUCAAGUUCAAGGCAACCUUCAAAGCUGACAUGGAUGGCCGCAAGGACAAGUACAACACCACUUGGCUGCGCAUCGCAACAGCACUUGACCCAAGGUUUAAAGACCUGAAGUGCCUCACCAAACCUGACCGGGUUCAGGUGUGGAAUUCCAUCCGCACCUUGCUCAUGGAGAUGCAGAGGCCUGCAGAGCUGGAUGACACACCUGAGCCAGCAAAGAAGAAACCAGCUCUCAUGCUGGCAGAUGAGUCAUCUUCGGACGAAGAGGAAGACAGUGUGGAGCGGUGCAUUGAUCGGUACAAGGCAGAGCCCAUGAUUAACCUAGAUGACAGUCCGCAAGAGUGGUGGUCCACACAUGCAGCAUCCCACCGUGAGUUGGCCAUUCUUGCACGGAGGUACUUGUCAACGCCUGCAACAUCUGUACCAUCAGAAAGACUGUUUUCCCUCUCUGGACAUGUGGUUCAGAAAAGACGAGCAUCGCUGUCUCCAGCAAAUGUCAACAGGCUUGUCUGUCUGAGCAACUGGCUCAAAGCAAAAAAGUAGGCUGGUGUGUGUGUGUGUGUGUGUGUGUGGUGUGUGUGGUGUGUGUGUGUGUGUGCGCGCGCGCUUGUGCAUGUUCUCAUUUUUGUUCAGAGGCUGUGUGUGUGUGUUUGUGUGUGUGUGUGUGUGUGUGUGUGUGUGUGUGUGCGCCACAGGCCAGUAGGCUGGUAACUCUUGGUGUAUAUGUAUGUUCAGUUGGUGUAUUUUCAAUCAAAAUGGCUCACCAUUAUCUAGAUUAAUUAACACCUACUGCAUUUUGAAAGCAGGGUAAAAUGUCUUUGUUCAAAAGACUGUAAUGACUCUUUUAUAUCAGCCUGUUUCGAGGGCCUACUCUUGAGCCUACAUACUGUAUUUGUUUGUUGUUUUUUUAUGCUACAUGCCACACCGUUCUUGCCAUAUGUUUUUAUGGUGUUAGUCAGUGUCUGUGACACUUGCAAGUUACAAAGCAACAAAAAAAUAGACUGUGUGUGUGUGUGUGUGUGUGUGCCACAGUUCAGUAUCCUGUGAUUACUGUGGUUGUGUGUGUGUGUGUGUGUGUGUGUGUGUGUGUGUGUGUGUGUGUGUGUGUGUGUGUGUGUGUGUGUGUGUGUGUGUGUUCUCAUUUUUGUUCAGAGGCAGAAAAGACUUUCAAGAGCAUAGGGUAAAAUGCUUGUCUUCGUUCAAAAGAUUGUUAUGAAUUUCUUUUAUAUCAGCCUGUUUUCAGGGCCUGCUUUUGAGCCUACAUAUUGAUUGUUUUGUUGUUUUUGUUUUUUGCUACAUGCACCCCUCCCCCCACCCUGUUCUUGCCAUGUUAUUAUGGCAUAUAUCAGUGUCUGACUGACACCUGUUUUAGUAAAAUAAAUAACAUUGACACAAAUCUACCCUGUAUGUAUUGUUUGUAUGUUGACAAGAGUAGUAAAAUGAUUUUCAACCAGAAAAAAAAAUGCGAUUAAUCGCGAGUUAACUUGGGGA